CUGUUCGUGAAAUUAAGAGAGAAGUGAAUAAAAAGGUUCUUAAAGUCCCUUCAAUAGAACAGAAGGUCCUCGAUGCAACUAGCAAUGAGCCUUGGGGUCCUCAUGGAUCACUUCUUGCUGAUAUUGCACAGGCAACAAGAAACUAUCAUGAGUAUCAGAUGAUAAUGUCAAUAAUUUGGAAGCGUAUCAAUGAUACUGGAAAAAAUUGGCGUCAUGUUUACAAGGCUUUGACUGUUUUGGAAUAUUUGGUGGCUCAUGGUUCAGAACGUGUCAUAGAUGAGAUCCGGGAACAUUCAUACCAAAUAUCUACAUUGUCCGAUUUUCAAUAUAUUGAUUCCAGUGGGAGGGAUCAGGGAAACAAUGUCAGAAAGAAAUCUCAGAGUCUUGUGGUUCUUGUAAAUGACAAGGAAAGAAUACAAGAAGUUCGUCAGAAGGCUGCUGCUAACAGGGACAAGUACCGCAACACCUCAAUGGGUAAUAUGUAUCGGCCUGGCUCUUAUUCAAGCGGAGGAGGAUAUGGUGAUAGAUAUGACGAGGAUCGUUAUGGAAGCAGAGAUGAUGAACGUAAUGGUUAUGGUAGAGAGAGAGAAUGGGGCCAAAGAGAUGAUGACAGAUAUGGUAGGUAUGGGGAUUCAUAUGGCCGUGAUGGGGACGGAUACAACAGAGAAUAUGAGGAGCGUUCUGGCCGAGGUGGCUAUAGGGAUGAUGACUACCCUGGAAGAAGUCGAAGCAUUGAUAAUUAUCAGUAUGGGUCAAGAAGUAGAAGUGCUGAUCGAGAUAGAGACCGUUCUUAUGAAGACGAUGGCCAAUAUUCUUCAAGAGGAAGUGGUGCCAGGGCUGAUGAUCAUUCUCAAGACGGAAGUACUAUGGGCAGGCCGUUUGAUCGUAAAUAUUCUGAACAAAACUUUAAUGCUCCUCCAAGUUAUGAGGAGGCUGUUAAUGGUGGACGUAGUCCAACUUAUAGUGAAAGGGAUGGGGAACGUUCCCAAGCAUCUGCACCUAAAGCAUCCUCUCCUCCCUCCAGUGCUAGUCCAAGUAAUGCAACCGCUGCAGCUUCUUCACUACCACCUCUUGCUUCACCAUCAGCUCCAACUCCAGCUCCAGCUCCAGAUAAUAAGAAAGUUGAUGGCUUUGAUGAAUUUGAUCCACGUGGUUUAGCUGCACCAACUAUGCCAAAUGUUGCCACUCCAACUACCUCAGGUGGUACAGAAAUGGAUUUACUUGACUCAUUAGCUCUCGUGCCUGUUACGCAAAUCACAACCUCUGAAGCUGAUGCCUCAGUGAACUCCAGCCAUGGACCCACACAUUUGACCACACCGUCUCAGCCAUUUGAUGAUCCAUUUGGAGAUGGCCCUUUUAAAGCUGUUACUUCUACAAAUAGUGUACCAGCUCCACAGCAGAUCAAUACCUCCACAAGUUCCUUCCAUCCGAGCUCUAGUCAAAGUUCUGGCCCGCCACAGCCAGUUCCUCAAAAUGCAACUACUGAAUUUGGGGGGGCACAAUCUCCCCAACAGGACUUGUCAACUCUCAACCAGGAUUUUGAUAUGCUAGCCGAUAUUCUCCCACCAUCUGGAUCUUCACUUCCUGUCAAUUUACAAACUGGUUAUUCCAUUCCAGUGAGUCAACCUGCAUUGCAGUCAGGGUUUGCUUCACAACCUGGCCAGCCUUCAUUACAGACAAGUUAUCCACUUCAACCAGGGCAAUCUGUUCCCAUGGCCCUGGCCUUCCCAACUCUAGCUGGUCAAGCAUCGCAGACGUUUCCUACUCAAAGUGGUCAACCUGCAUCUCUUGCAGGGUUUCCUUCUCAAAUGGAUCCUUCGGAGUCUGGUAUUAAGACUCCUCAUGUUGGCCAGUCUGCAGAUUCAAAUGCUAAUUUCUAUGGGGGUCAAUUUUCAAGUGCACAUGGUACGCAGUCAGUAUUGCCAGCUUCAACAAUGUCGACUGCUAUAGUUCCCCAGCCAUCAAAAGACAAGUUCGAGACAAAAUCCACCGUUUGGGCUGAUACUCUGAGCCGCGGACUAGUCAAUUUAAAUAUUUCUGGGCCUAAAACAAAUCCAUUGGCUGACAUCGGAGUUGACUUUGAGGCCAUAAAUCGCAAGGACAGGAGGAUGGAAAAACCCACAGCAUCUACAGCAACAUCUAAUGUUACCAUGGGUAAAGCUAUGGGGUCUGGUUCUGGAAUUGGUCGUGCUGGUGCAGGUUCUCUGAGGCCUCCUCCUAACCCAAUAAUGGGUUCUGGGAUGGGCAUUGGUACAACUGGCCAACCCGGGGUGGGCAUUGGCAUGGGAGGUUAUGGUGUAAAUUCACAGCCCAUGGGUAAUAUGGGUAUGGGAAUGAACAUGGGCAUUGGUCGAGGAGUUCAUAUGCAACAACAAACUGGUUUUCCUCCCGUCACAAGGCCUGGGGGAUAUAAUUAUAAUCCCAUGACAGGAACAGGUAAUUUUAAUCAACAACAAUAUGGUGGUGGCUACUGAUGAGCUUGAGCGAGAUUGAAUCCUGGGAAAUAGAGAAUCUUAGAAUUGCCAGUUAUGUUAGAGAUGAAAGGGUUUUCGAAACCCUUUAUACAAUGUUACAAUGAGACCUAAAUUUUGUUUCGUCACUUGCAAUUUUCUGGUUUGCCCCAUGUAUCAUAUAUGUGUAUUCACUCCAUUAAGGAUUGAUUGAUAUUGCCUAUUGUGUUUGUUUUGGGUUGUAAAUUGAGUUGUUUAGAUGCUUCGUGGUAUCGUUAUUCAUAUGCAUAUAUGUAUUUUUUA